UUCUUGCCAGAAACUGCACUGAGAUUCUAACUCUGGGAAGUUGGGGGUGGUUUGUGCUGGUCAGGCCUGUGAUUGGACUGUAGAGUCUAUUAGGGAGGAGGAAAGCAAAAGUAAAAAGGAAAGAACUGGGGGGAAAUAAAGGAGGGGAGAAAAGACCUCACCGCCCCCCAUACCCACACCCUAGGCCUAGAAGCAGAACACCGACACUAGCCUAGAGAGGGUCUGCACACGGCAAAGGUGAGGGCGACAGAUGCUGGACCCCGGAAGCUCCCUGCACCAAGUAAGUGUUCAAGGCCUCCAGAGACUGCCCGGCCAACAGCUGGACUUGAUCACCAGCUUGCAAACUGAGAUCAUGCAUUGGGUGGAAUAACAAAAGGACUUUGCUCUCCGUAAAACAGUGUUUUUCAAGGACUUGUUACAGCAACAGAGAAGAAGAUAUUAUCACCUGGACCCCUGAGUCUUCUUUGAGAACCACAGCACAAGAGACUGCACUCCUGGAGAGUCUGCAGGAUGGUGGUGGCCCUUCGCAGAGCUUCCGCUCUGCUCGGUCUGUUCCUUGCAGCAUUUCUGCCCCUACCACAGUACGCCCAGGACCCAGGCAUGGUGCAUUACAUCUACCAGCGCUUUCGAGUCUUGGAGCAAGGACUGGAAAAAUGUACCGAAGCAACGAGGGCUUACAUUCAAGACUUCCGAGAAUUCUCAAAAAACAUAUCUGUUAUGCUGGGAAGAUGCCAUACCUACACAAGUGAAUAUAAGAGUGCAGUAAACAACCUGGCACUGAGAGUGGAACGUGCCCAGCGGGAGAUUGACUAUCUGGAAUACCUUCGAGAGGCUGACAUGUGCAUGGAGUCAGAGGAGAAGAGGCUGGCAGAAAUGCUACUUCAAGAAGCUGAAGAAGAAAAGAAGAUCCGAACUCUGCUGAAUGCAAGCUGUGACAACAUGCUGAUGGGUAUAAAGUCCCUGAAAAUAGUGAAGAAGACUAUGGACCCAGAUGGCUCUUGGAUGAAAGAUGCUGGCAGUGACUCUCCCAAAGUGUAUCUUUUCAUUGGAUCCAGAAGCAAAACUGUUUUGGAGUUUGCAAAUAUUCGGGCAUUCAUGGAGGACAGCACCAAGCCAGCUCCCCGAAAGUUACUGCUACCACUUUCCUGGCAGGGAUCAGGCCAAGUUCUCUAUAAAGGUUUUCUAUAUUUUCACAAUCAAGGGACUCCUAAUGAGAUAAUCAAAUACAACCUGCAGAAGAGGACUGUGGAAGACAGAAUGAAGCUCCUAGGAGGGGCAGGCCGAGCAUUGGUCUACCAGCACUCCCCCUUCACUUACAUCGACCUGGCUGUGGAUGAGCAUGGGCUCUGGGCCAUCCACACAGGGCCAGGUAUCCAAAGCCAUCUGGUUCUCACAAAAAUUGACUCUGGCACGCUGGGAAUAGAGCACUCAUGGGACACUCCAUGCAGAAGCCAGGAUGCUGAAGCCUCAUUCCUCUUAUGUGGGGUUCUCUAUGUAGUCUACAGUUCUGGUGGCCAAGGUCCUCAUCGAAUCACAUGUGUCUAUGACCCACUGGGCAAUAUCAGUGAUGAGGACCUGCCCAACUUGUUCCUUCCCAGGCGGCCAAGAAGUCACUCCAUGAUCCAUUACAACCCCAGAGAUAAGCAGCUCUAUGCUUGGAAUGAAGGAAACCAGAUCAUUUACAAACUCCAGACAAAGAAAAAGCUGCCUUUGAAGUAAUGAACUGCAACCCCGGAGGGAUAGAGACAUGAUUUUGGUAGAUGUUUUCCAGAACACUGAGGCCAGAGCCCCUCCACAACGUAGCACACUGCUAGUCACGAGCAGGAGUAGGAUCUAGGAGUGGGAAUACAUACACAUUCUUUCCCAGAUGUCCCUGCCUUAGGUAUCUUCCAAUAGCUUAGAUGAGUCUAUCACUUUAAAAUUUUCAAUCUGUGGAUGACUUCAUUACUCAUCCAAACUCCUUGGCCCUUAAGGCCUCCCACAUUGGGAUCCUGCUUAAUCCCAACCUUUUCUUUUCUGAUCGCCAGCAUCUACUUUAAUUCUGGCUUUUUUUUCCAAUAGUUCAAAUUGUAUGCCCCCUCCUGAUACUCAGAGGGUUCUUCUCCUCUGGCUUUUGCUUAGUCUCUUCACUCUUUAUAAAGAUUCUUUCAGGGCUGGGGAUAUAGCUCAGCAGCAUAAGUGCCUGCCUUGCAAACGGAAGGUCCUGAGUUCGAUUCCCAGUACCAAAAAAAAAAAAAAAAAUUCUUUCAAUUUUUUUCUUACUGCCCUACUAAAACUAUUUCUUAUUGACAUUUAGUCUUUAUUUCCUAUAGCCUUCCUGUUCCACCAAAAGGUAGAUGGAUAUAAUAAUAAAUAUAUUAACAUUUCAAUACCACUCUCUAGUUGCAAAGCAUUUGCACAUCAUUUAAUUCUCUUCUUGCUCUUGUGAGAUAUGUAAGCCUUUACCCAUUGUCAUUCUAGAGAUGAGGAGAGUUUAGAUGAGUUAUUCAAAGUAUCAUAACUCCAAAAUGAAAGAGCUAAAAAAUAUUGCAAUCCUCAUUGACUUUCCAUUGCCCAAGGAAGCAUCAAAUAUGUAUUUUUGUUCACUCAGUGUUUUAUAAAUCAAUGUGUUCAGCAAUUCAGCCUAAGAAAAUAGGUUUUGCCCUUUCAGCCACUUCUUCAUGUCUGUGCAAGGUCCUUCAUGUCUUCCUACUGGUCUUUCAAAAGCUCCUUCCUCCAGGAAAGCAGCCUACGGGUGAAGACCCCACCACUGGGCUCAUCUUGUCUAACUGUCAUUUGCUUCUUUCUUCUUGUUUUAACUAUAAUAAAAUUGACACUAAGCAAAUAA